AGAGUAGUGGUGCAAAACGUGAUGGACAAAAAAAAAAGGAUGAAAAGCAUUGUGUGGCUGCACUUGCACCGAUGGUGGGAGUGUCCGCGAGGAGGGCAGAUCUGCUCCCCGCCGCCCUCGCGCUCAGGCAGUGAAGUGUAGAUGUGGUUUUAAUUCUUCAACUUGAAGGGUCGCGUGAGCAGGACGAGCUGACGAGCUUAGGGGCGCGAGGACAAGGGGGAAGUGUAUAGUGCUGUAUAAUUGUUGUUUUUAUUUUUACCCCGUGUUGUUUCCGUGUUUUUCGUGUCGGCGUCCAUCAUGUCAGUGACUCGUUCAGCCGGUGUGGUGCUGCUCCUGUGCGCGGUGUUGGCUGUGACUCGUGGCCGCAGGAGUUCACCGGAGCAGGAGGAUGUGGAGGAGAAAAUCAACAGCGCCAGAUGCACGUCCAGGUGCCUGACUCUGCACAUGACUCAGCUCACCGCUGCCUUCAGACACAUCCAGAGUGACCAAGUUCUGGUUUGGUGUGAAAACAACAGACGCUGCGCUCAGUGUCUUCAGCCAUGCAGGGAGCUGUGGGAAACCAGGAAGGUGCUGUCUCCAAAGUCCUGUGAGAAGCAGACAGAGUGUGUAACGAGCAGGGAGUUCCUUGCCUCUCUGAGGUCGUCUCGUCAGGGCGACUGUCCACCACCACAGCGAGCCACCGGCUUCGCUGCAGCCUGUGUGGAGAGCUGCUCCUCAGACCAGCACUGUCCCUCCCCCAGAAAGUGCUGCUCCAAUGGCUGUGGACAUACUUGCCAAGCCCCAGCCAACCCAUACAAAGGUGUUCCCCUGAAGCCUCGCAGGGAGAUGAGCUUUGUAGAGAAUCCGGAAGGUCACGUGAAGGUGGUGUGGGUGUCAAAGUUCAACGUCAGCGUGGAGCCGAUCAUUUACAUGCUUCAGUCCCGCUGGAACGUGGGCAUCCAUCCCAGCGAAGACCACGCCACGCCAUGGACUACUGCCGCCAUGACCCUUUCUGAAGAGGUGGUUCUGCCAGAUCUGAGACCUCAGCGCUGGUACCAAUUCAGAGUAGCAGCCAUCAACAGCCACGGCAGCAGGGGCUUCACGACACCGAGCAAACACUACAUCUCCAGUAAAGAUCCUUCACCUCCAGAACCUCCAGUCAACAUUCGAGUGGGCAACCAGUCUUUAGAUUGGAUGAGUUCACUACCAGGGGCCCAGUUCAUAGAGAGGACAAAGGGAAGUGGGGUCACGGUGGUGGUCUUGUUACGCUGGGAGCCCCCCGCAGAGGGAGACCUGCCGGUCCACAACUACAGAGUCACCUGGAUGUCUCGGCAUACGCACACAGCCCAUAAACACGCUCAAGCACUGCACAACAACAUGCACACACACCCUCGCACAACGGAACAAGGGAAGAAGGAGAGCAACAGCAGAGUGACUCACGGGGCGCAGUGUGAGCUGUGGCUGCAGGGUCUGUUGCCUGCUACUUCCUACUUUCUGUCCGUCCAGACUGUAGCCUUCUGGGGCCAGAAGAGGCUCAAGAGUCCCCGAGCUCAGUUUAUGUUCACAACAAUAAGUCAUGCAGGCGAAGACUUCUCCAAUGAGCUCCCGUCUUCGUCGUCUUCAUCCUCGUCGUCCCUCCCUUCAUCGCCUUCCCUGUCGUCCUCCUCCCCUGCUUCCUCUGACCUCCCUCUCUCCCCCUCUAAUCCUCGACCUGAACCUCCCCCGAACCCCGACAACCUGCGCCUUGAGGUAGCGGCCCCUCAUUACCAUGACAACCAGCUGCAGGUCAAGGUGUUCUGGAAGUGGCUGUACCAUGGCAGACAGAGACAUCCUGGUCCAUACAUCUUGCGGUGGCAUCCACAUACGUGCAGCACUAAUGUCACAGGCACUGAGAGAACAACAACUGUGCAGGGCACGCAUCACACCAUCACAGGCCUGUUGUUUGCCUGUAAGUACCGGGUCGCCGUGGCAAUUAAGGCUGACCCAGGGUCAGAGGCUGUUGCCUGGGUUACAACCCCAACUUGCUCUUCCAUCAGGGUCAGAGGAGGCAGAGCUUUGCCCUGCAACACCGAGGAGCGCCUCCUGGCAGGCAGAAAGGUGGUACUGCGUCCAGAGCGGCUCACUGCUGACUUCCAACAAGUCAACGGCACCUUGCUCACUACAUUUCGCUGGAGGAUGUCCCAGCAUGCACUGAACCCGGCGGCAGUGGAGGGGUUCCAGUUCUCCUGGACACUUCAGUCAGGGGUUACCACGGCAACAGAGAGGCGGGAAGACACGCGGAUUUCCCAGACACAGACGAUUGCACCGUCUCAGCGGUCAGUGACCGUACACGGCCUUCAGGGAAACAGUGUCUAUCAGCUGCAGCUCCAGGUGCUAACAGCAGGGGGCAGCAGUGGCGCGGCAGUCUCCAAGACCGUUAACACUCCAGCUAUCAACGCCACACUUUGAUGGGAUUCAAACGCUGCCACCACCAGCAGCUGCUGCAGCACUGUCGUCGUCCCCGACAUCCACUUCAGUCUGGAUUUCAUUCAAGUGCAAACAACUUCAAAAAUGAGUUCCUCUGUGUGACGUGGAUUCUCACAGGAAAGUUUCUCGUUCACUUUUAAUCACACCAGAAAAAGGGCUGAACGAUUUUGAAUAAGUAUAAUAAUUGUGAUUAUUUUGACAGGGAUUGCGAUAUGAUUCGUGAUAUCAGAGGGAAUGAUACAUUUUUACACAUCAUUAUUCUUAUUUUCAUUCAUUACUGAUGAUAUUUGUGCAGAUCUGUGAGAAACAACGAUGUUCUCUUCAGUCUGUAGAAUAAGACGUAUAUAGAUCAAGACAGUUUGGCUUUAACAAAUUAUAUUGCCUCUUUCUAGCCCUGAUUCAUUGUUCAGUCCUUAUCAGGAAUACAGAUUUCAAAUUACUGUCAUUACUCUGUCAACUCAAGGUGUGAAAAAUGGGAUCUUUUAAAUUUUGCUACAUGUAUUUCACCUAUGCAAGUACUGACAGUUUUAGUAGAUGACAUUAAACCCAUAUUUCCACUGUUUUCUUCAAGUGGAAACUGCAGCAUUUUCUCAUCAUCACGAGACUUGACACUCGGCUGCGUCUUUACAAAUAAAGUCUCAUCACCCCCGGUGUCAAAGAAAUGUAUUAUGCCUGUCGUGUAUGAUCAUGAUCAAGUAGAGAAUAAAAUAUAGCACUGACCUUAUGUACAAAUAUAAAUGUAUAGCUAUAGACUGUGUUUGUUUUAAUGCAUUAUCUCUGAAGCUAGUGGGUCUGACUCGUGCAGAAAUCCUUUAAGUAAGUAAGCAAAUAUUUUUGAUAUUUUUGUUCAUUUAUGUGUUUUUUUAACAUGUGUGAAUUUUACAUUUUGUGCAGCAUUUCAUUUUACCCUGACACGCUGUUCACCCAUUUCACUAAGCAGUCAUUAAUGUUGUCAUAUCUGUGGUACAGUAGGUUUCUUUCUCAUCAAGCCAUAUUCUCUCUUCUCUAUGUAACUUUUUAACUGUUGAUAAUUUUGUACUUAAUUCCUUUACUUUACUUUUUUUUUGUCUGUUAGUUUUAUUUAUUGUUUUCUAAUCUUAGAUUUUUAUAAUUAAAGAUUAUCAGGACACCCUGGUGUGUUGUUUCAGUGAUCAUAA